AUCCAACAAGAAUCUUCCCUAUACUCACACACCCCUUCAAUCUCCACCGUCCAUUUUCCAUCCCACGGCCAUAACUCCAAGUUAAUCUCUUUCAAUGUUUCACCCACCCAUCAUUUUGUUCAACUUAAUAAAAAUAACUAUUAUUUUAUCUAUUUACUCUAUAUAAAAAUGCUGGCCUUGUCACUAGAAAGCUUUUCUGGGUAGUGAGUGGUGAUCACUUGUUAUUUUUCUUGAUCAUUUUUUUUCCUUUGUGGUUUAUGUAAGAUGUUGCAUAGUUGAUUUUAGCUUGUGUGACAUGAUGAACAUGUUAAAGGUCUCAAUAUUAGUUGCAGCAUUCUGAUUCAUUUACGAGUACGUAGACCCUGAUAAAAAUUAAACAAAAAAGUUUCGCUAUUCGAUCAUAUGGACCGGUUGAGCUUGGAAACUAUGAUAGAUUUGCAUGCAUUGUGUGAGUUGCAUUCUGCUGAGAAAACAAUGGUGUCUGGAAUGAGCUAAGUCUUUCGAAAUCCGAUGGUCAUUUUUUGCUGAUUCGAGGUUUGUUUUUGGAUAAAUAUUUGGAUUAUUUGUUGAUUCUUUGUUGUGUGUGAUUGUGUACUGCAUAUAGCAUUCUUGAUCAUAUAGGAACACACUGGGUUUUUAUUUUUUGUUUCGACCUCGGAUUUCGAUUUGUUUUGUUGAGUCUUGCACACACAGCACUCACUUAGUCUGUAAAUCUUGAUUCUUCAUAUACCUCUGCAUGCAAUUUUGUGUUUGAACUGUUUAUAUGUACAAUUUGUAAGGACUGAUCAUACAUUGCAUAGAUAGAGGUUACUGUGUUUUUUUUAAAAAAAAUUGAGAGAUUGAGAGGAGAAAAUAGAGAGUGAGUGAAAUCAGGGUAAGUGAGUGAAGAAGACAGAUUGAGAGGGUUCGAAGAAUGUUGGUUGGGUUUUUUGUAAAGGAAAGAUUGAGUGAUAUAUUUGUGAAUUUGAAGCUUUAUAUUUGAGUGCAAUGAGCACACAGAGAUUUGACUUUCCGUGUAGCUUUUCACAAAAGGAGUCCUCAGGAUCACAACCUGUUAGGCCUCCAGUUGGUGUUUCUGUUGAGAGGCCGAUAGAAGCUAGGAAUUACAGUCUCAAGAAGAGCAUAAGUCUCCCACCUUUGGCAACAACUGGCCAAGAUACAUUUCUUGAAGGCAGACGAGGGGAGAAAAAGGAUGUAUUUUGGGAUAGAAGAGGUAAAAAUUUGAAGCGGUUUGCAGAUGAGGUUUCGUUCCAUGAUGAUGAGUCUUGCAUUAGUCGAGCUAAGAGAAAAAGGGGUGGCUGGAAAUCUGAUGAUUUUUCAGAAGGGGGAGGAAACGUAAGCUUAGGUCAAUUGGGUAGUGGGAAUUUUUUGUUUCGUCCUGAUCUUGAAGUUCCUACGUCUCUUUCUCUGAUUGCAGGCCUUGAUCAAUCUCAAGUUUCAAUUCCAGUGUCAUGUUUAGGAGAGGAUAGUAUUGACUUGCUUAAGCCUAGGGAAUUGAGUUCGAGGAAUAAGUCGUGGGUAGAUUCUGUUGUAACUAAAUUUACGAAGCUAACUGACCAAAAUGUCGAGACGAUCCAAGGGGGAACUGUGAAUGAGGAGGUGUCGAUAUUAAGAAGCCCAUCAGAAAAGGAUAUUUUGACUAUCAGGCCAACUGAGAACACCACAGUCCAUGAGAGAGGUAAUAGUUCUGGACCACAUAAUGCUAAUACAAGUGCUGAUUAUUCCACAGGGAAGAAUGACGAGCAUGGGGAGCAUGAAGGGUUUGAGCUGAUUAGUUUAAUUGUGGCUUGUGUGGAAGCAAUCGCCAUGAAGGACAUUAGGAGAGUCAAUUACUUUAUAGCUAAACUGGGGGAACUUGCUUCACCGAAAGGAUCCAGUACAAGUCGUCUGUCUGCGUAUUUCAUCGAGGCCUUGGCUAUUCGGGUUGCAAGAAUGUGGCCUUUAAUAUUUCACAUUACUACACCGAGGGUACUUAAUCAGUUGGAUGAUGACAAUGGCACUGCAUUAAGGUUUUUGAACCAAAUUAGUCCGAUUCCACAGUUCAUUCAUUUCACAGCAAAUGAAAUUUUGUUGAGAGGAUUUGAAGGGAAAGACAUGAUUCACAUCAUAGAUUUCGACAUUAAGCAAGGCCUACAAUGGCCUAGCUUUUUCCAAAGUCUGGCCUGUCGGAAAAAUCGUCCUAGUCAUGUCAGAAUCAGUGGCAUUGGUGAAUCCAAGCAAGAGCUUAUGGAAACUGGUGAGAGAUUAGCUGGAUUUGCUGAAGCAUUGAGUCUACCUUUCAAAUUUCAUCCAGUUGUUGACAGAUUAGAAGAUGUCAGAUUGUGGAUGCUUCAUGUUAAGGAAGGAGAAUGCGUAGCUGUGAAUUGCAUUUUGCAAUUGCACAAGAUGCAAGAUGAUGGCAGCGAAGGAGUUUUGAGGAAUUUCUUGGGUCUAAUUCGCAGCACUAACCCCAAAACGGUUAUUUUGGCAGAGCAAGAAGCUGACCACAACUACAAUACUCUGAAUUCAAGGCUUUGCAAUUCUUUAAGAUACUAUUCUGCUAUAUUUGACUCCAUUGAUACUAGCCUUCCGGUAGACAGUCUGGUUAGGAUCAAGAUUGAGGAGAUGUUUGGACGCGAAAUUAGGAAUAUCAUUGCCUGUGAGGGCCGUGAAAGAUUGGAGAGGCACGAAACCUUUGGCACAUGGAGUAAGUUGAUGAGACAAGGAGGUUUUCAAUGCAUUGGAAUCACUGACAGAGAACUUAUUCAGAGCCGGAUGCUCUUGAAGAUGUACUCUUCUGAUAAAUUUCAAGUAGAGAAGCAAGAACUUGAUCAUGACUCCGAGGCCCUUACUCUAAGCUGGUUGGAUCAACCUCUCUACACAGUUUCAGGUUGGUCACCUAUCGAUGCUGCAGGCAGCUCUUCUUCCUAUCUUCAGCCAGGCUGAUCAUCUACGGAAACUUUAGCACAUACAUUCAUACAUUCAACACUAUACAAUACAGGGUAGCAAAUUUAUUCAUUUUAGCAAAAUUCUUUCAUUCUUUAUUGCAGAUAAAAAUUUGUUUAGCCAUACAUCGGUAGUUCUUACAUUCAUGUUCUAUCUUUUGAUUCUUUAUGUACGUCGAAAUUCUUUGUAGUUCUGUCACAUUCAUCGUGUAAUAUACGUUUAAUGGAUCAAUUCAGCAGUUCUAUAUUA